UGGGAGUGAGGAAGGUUAGGCAGCGGGCAGGAAGACCUCUGCUAACAGAGACAGGCAGCGAAUCUUAUCAAAUUUUUGCAGUAAACUUCAAACUGGAAUAAAGUUAUUUUAAAUUCAACUGAAGCUUAAUUUGGUUGAAACUAUCAUUCGUGCUGAGACAGUGGCCUAAAGUAGCGGGACUAAAUUUGAGUCGCCAAAAUGUCACUUGCAAAGAUAUUCGGUGGCGGAAAGAAAAAAGAGGCUCCGGCAACAACUCAAGAUGCCAUACAAAAGCUUCGUGAAACUGAAGAAUUAUUGCAAAAGAAGUCAAGCUUUCUAGAGGGUAAAAUUACCGAAGAAAUAAACACUGCAAGAAAAGCAGGCACAAAAAACAAAAGGGUUGCAUUGAAUGCACUUAAAAGAAAAAAGAGGUUAGACAAGCAAUUAGCUCAAAUUGAUGGUACACUAUCAACAAUUGAAUUUCAAAGAGAAGCCCUAGAGAAUGCAAACACCAACACUGAAGUUCUUAAAGCAAUGGGAUUUGCAGCAAAAGCAAUGAAAUCAGCACACCAGGAACUGAAUGUUGAUGAUGUGCACGAUAUGAUGGACGAUAUUUCUGAGCAAACUGAAUUGGCAAAUGAAAUUUCAGAAGCUAUUUCAAGCUCUGUUGGCUUCCAAGAUGUUGAUGAGGAUGAUCUUUUGGCUGAACUUGAAGAGCUAGAGCAAGAGACUUUGGAUGAACAAAUGCUAAAUAUUGGGAAAACUGCAGAACUUCCAAAUGUACCAGAGACAGAGCUACCAAAAAAAGAAAAAGAAAAGAAAAAGGUUGAUGAGGAUGAUGAAAUGGCAGAGCUUGCAGCCUGGGCAAACUGAAUUCCUGUUGCUGAGACAUGUUCUGUUUAUGAAUUUACGUAUUUAGUAUGAUUGUUAUAACCUCUGCAAAUCCAUGGCCCAAAAGUCUUUGGCCAAUAGGCUUACCAAAAUUAUGUAAAUUAGGUAUAAAUUGUUUACAGAGUGUUGUUUUGUUGUAUAUUCAGACUAACCGCAAUGCAGAAAGUUUUCCGUAAAGCUCCCUAAUAACCUUUCACAUGAUAUGUUUCGCAGGAAUGGUGCCAUUUUCGUCUGAAUUCCUUCUAAAGGGCAACACUGCACUUGCAUUGGGAUUUUUCGUUUGUUAAUUAUGAAAAAAGUUGUCAACCAAAGCUUUGAUAGCUUUUGUAAAUGAUUUGUUUUUUGAGUUCUUAGGUUUGGAAAUUUUAGUUGUGGUUGAGCGCCACCCACCUUAUAAUAAAUUGAAUAUCUUAGUAUAUUACUUUUCCUUCUUGUUUUUUAUCCCAAUUACAUUUGGCCAUUUUGGUUGACUUGUAUUGGCCAUUUUCUUAAUAUGAAUUGCAAAAUGACAGUUAAUUUGUCUGUCAUUGUUUUAGUUGUACUGCAGCACAUAUUGUAUUAUGAUUUCUUGCUGAAAAGCUAACAUAAUGCCAUAAGCAGGGUAUGAACUAUAUUUUACAAGAAGCCACAUUUUUGCAAGAGAUUAAAGCCUUUUUUAUAUUGAAAGGAUGUGUUUC